ACAUAACAUAAAUCCAAGGUUAGAGAGAAAGGAAAGAGUUUAGCUUAAUUAACAAAAUAACAAGUUAAUAAGUGCACUAGAGAUAACAGCUUGAGGGACUUGUUCCCAAAAGUUUUUUCUCUGUGCACAGAUAAAUGGAGCUCGGUGCAACAAAUGGGCCACUGGAAUGGAAACACAUGGAGCUGGAACUUACGAUGGAGAAGGGAACUGCACACAUGGGAGGAUAACCAAGUGGAACACCUGCAUCAGUUACUCAGCUGUAAACAUCCACAGAGAGCAAAGAAGGACAGCUGGUGCUGGUCUCACGAAAAAAAAGGACAAUACUCUGUAAAAUCAGCAUAUCAAUUACUAUUAUCUUGUGAGACAAACGACUGUACGAGGAUUAUGAAGAAAUGCUGGAACAAAAUGGAGCCAAACAAGGUUUGCUCUUUCGCUUGGCUGCUAUUGCAAAACCGGAUCCCGAGUAAAGAUAACCUACUGAGAAGGGAAGCAAUCAAGGAAGCCAUGGAUGCAAGGCAAGGCUUCAUUCAACAUUUGUGGGCGGCUAGAAACAAGCAGGGAUGGCAGGUAGUAUGGCAUGCAGUUGUCUGGUCAAUCUGGUCAGCAAGAAAUGCAGCUUUUUUUGGGGAAUGCAGAGUGACAGAAGAGAGCAUGCUCAAGAUUAUUCAAAGUCACUCCUACUUUUGGCUAAGUGGAAAAUCUGAAAGUUGGCCUUACUCUUUUCUUGAUUGGGUCCAAAACCCAAGUAGAUGCUUAGUUUCAAAGCGUGGCAAACACCCUUAAAUGCGAUUUCAGUCAUGUUUACUAAAUUCUUUUUAUGUCUGUGGGUUUGAAUACUUUUGUACUUAAUUAUUAAAUAUCCUUUAAUUUU